UACAACUCUUCUUCCAAGGAAGGCAAGGAAAAAGUAGCUAAAACCCUUGUAAAACCCUCAAAUUUCAAUCAAUUCGUCGAUCAAUCAAGAACAACCCAUCAUCAUCAUGUCAAGUUCAUCAAAGCUCAAUGUCUCAAACCCUAAAGUCUGGAUCUUGAUCGGCGUAGGCGUUGCCGGCAUCAUUGUUCUCGCUGAGACUCGCCGCCGCCGUCUGAAAUCCCGAAAUGCAAUCAAAGAAGACUUCGGAUCCUUUGUCGAGCGCUUCGAGCUUUCUCCAUUUCCUCAACCUCCUCCUCCCGCCGCUCGACUCCCCCUCUCCGGCCUCACUUUCGCCAUUAAAGACAUAAUUGAUGUAAAGGGUUUUGUGACGGGGUUUGGGAGUGUGGACUGGAAGAAGACUCAUGAGGUGGCGGCCAAGACUGCGGUGGUGGUGACGGCUCUCUUGAAAAGUGGGGCUACUUGUGUUGGAAAGACAAUCAUGGAUGAAUUUGGCUUUGGGAUAACAGGGGAAAAUUCUCAUUAUGGAACUCCAACUAAUCCAAACUUGCCAUCCCAUAUACCUGGGGGUUCAAGUAGUGGUUCAGCUGUUGCUGUUGCUGCCAAGCUUGUGGAUUUUGCUAUCGGUACUGAUACAAUUGGAUGUAUAAGAAUUCCAGCGUCAUGUUGUGGUAUACUUGGAUUUAGACCGUCGCACGGGAUUGUAUCUCUAGUUGGUGUUCUACCAAAUUCUCAAAGUUUAGACACUGUUGGGUGGUUUGCCCAUGACCCCUCUACGUUGCGUCAUGUUGGACAUGUUCUGCUUCAGUUAAAUCCAUUGGAAACUCGAAAGACAAGGCGCCUUUUGAUAGCUGAUGAUCUCUUUCAGCUUUCUAAAGUUCCCAAGUGGAAGACUAUAGAUGUUUUCAAGCGAGUCACAGGGAAAUUAUCUGGCUACCAAACAGCGAACCAUAUAAAAUUUGGGCAGUAUAUUUCUUCAAAUGUGCCCAGUUUAAAAGGAUUUCAUGAAGAAUUGAAAAACGAGACCUUGAUAUCUAAUGUGAAAGCUCUUGCUUCUGUCAUGUCUAUACUGCAGAGAUACGAGUUUAGGACAAAUCAUGAGGAAUGGUUUGUUUCAGUUAAACCCAGAUUGGGACCUCGUGUCUCUGAUGGUGUUCUAGCAGCAAUUAAUACUACACCUGAGAACAUCAAAAUUCUUUACAAAAUAAGGAGUGAAAUGCGAACUGCUCUUCAAGCUCUUUUGAAGGAUGACGGCAUAUUAGUAAUUCCAACAGUUGCAGACCCACCGUUGAAACUUAACAUAAAGAAAGGUGCAUUUUCUGAGUUCCUGGAUAGAACAUUUGCUUUAUCAAGCAUUGCGAGUAUGUCUGGCUGCUGUCAGGUCUCUGUUCCUUUUGGGGAGCAUGAUGAUUAUCCAGUAUCUGUGUCAUUUAUUGCAUCCCAUGGAGCAGACAAAUUUCUGCUUGAUACCAUUGUCGAUAUGUAUUCUUCUCUUCAAGAUGAAGUUAGUACUGUUUCAAAUUCUCCACCGCUGCCUGAUAUCAAUGGCAACAUGGAAACAUCUGAACUAUUGAAGGAAAAGGGAAAUGCGGCAUAUAAGGGAAAGCAGUGGAAUAAAGCUGUAAGCUACUACACCGAAGCAAUUGGGUUGAAUGAUAAAAUUGCUACUUACUAUUGCAAUAGGGCAGCUGCAUUUCUGGAAUUAGGAUGCUUUCAACAAGCUGAGGAGGACUGCACUAGCGCAAUAUCUCUUGAUAAGAAGAAUGUGAAGGCGUAUUUAAGACGAGGAACAGCUAGGGAAUCACUUCUUUGCUAUAAAGAAGCUCUUCUAGAUUUCAAGCAUGCUCUUGUACUGGAACCGCAAAAUAAGGCAGCUAAUCUGGCUGAAAAGAGGCUAAGGAAACUUAUUAGUUGAGGCCUCUCUUUGCAACUAUUGUUUUACAUCAUGGAGUCGCAGCGGAAUGGUUGGAUGACGAGUUAGCUGGUGAGGCUUCGACUCUUUCGUAGGCAAAUUGUUUCUCAGCAAAAUCGAUAGAAGUUAAGCAGUUGCCAGAUGAUGGCAUGAGGAAUGUUGUACAGAGAUUUUUUGUCUUUGUUGAUGGAAUAUGAUUACUUUGUAUAGUGGAUCUUCGUGGUGCAAAUGCAAAGUCAUUUCUCAA